AAUCAGUUAACGAGCGAGCUGCAAAGCGGACGGCAGAAAACAAAAAAACGCUGAGAACGCGGGAGCUGCGUUGCCGAGAGUCGCGGCAUUGGCGUUCGAUUAACGACGACGUGGAGAAGUCAACUGAAGACCAACCAGAAAACACACACACACACAUCAAAGCGAAAAACGACAGAAAAUAAAACUCCAUUAAAAUCAGGUGUACAACUGCAAAAUGCUGGCCAAAAAUAUUUAAAGUCAUGGCUCAGCUAACGUAUGUGGGCCAAGGUCACUUGGCGGCCUUUGGUCCGCUGCUGGCUUCCGCCAUGCUGCUCGCGAGUCUCGUCUUCGCUCUGCUCGGCAUCAAGUUCUGGGGAUUCCGACGGCGUCUAACAUUUGAUCGCACCCCUACAACACAACAGCAGCAGUCGCAGUCAACGUCGCAGUCACAGCAGCCGCCACGUUAUGCAGCCUACGAAUCGCAGGUUAACGGCACCGACAACGCUGUACAUGGAGUGUUUCGACAGCGUAAUACGGAGGAAUUCGAAAGUACCAGACCCACAAAUUCUGCAGGUAGUAAAUACCUAACAGGAAGUGUACCAAAUCUUUCGAUGGCUUCCCUUGCGCCUCGGGAGCGCAAGGAGGUGCCUACAAUACCGGAAUUGGCUGGCUCAGUUCCGUAUCGCACUGGAUCAGAGCCACAGGCAGCACGUCGAAGACGACGUGACGUUUACAGUGCCAACUAUGAAUACUAUAACUCGCCACCUACUCGAGAACCUCCAACACCGCCAGUUGCUGUAGUUGCUCUAGCUCAACAAGCAGCAAAUGAACCUGUCGCCCAGCAACUGGACAUGCCCAACUUUGAUCAUUUUGCUGAGAAGUAUGAGCUAAUCAGCGCCAAGCCAGCUGGCGACGGAUUACAGCCAAGACAAUCCCAACUCACGCACAAGGAGAAUGGACGUUAUGUCAAAUAUGAGCAGGUGGAUGAUGUACCGGAAUUGCUGACACCCGAUGAUGAUCAGACAGGAGCACCCAUUUCAGUGGCUGCUAUGGUACAUAACGUGCCCAACACGCCACAGCCGACAAUGCAGCAAGAACCACUAUUAGGAGCAGUGGUGGAACGUGUAUUGGAACAAGAACCAAAAACAGAGCCUAUAUUGACACUGGAAACAGUAGCUGAACCUAAAUUAGAGCUGGAACAAAGAGCAGAGCCUAGGAUAAGAAAAGUGAAGCCUCAACCUGAGCUAGAAGUGGAAUUUCAGUUAGACAAGGAUACACAGCUUCAACUGGGAGAAGUAACCGAGCCUAAACGAACAAUCGAGCUUCUGGAACCUGAAAAGGAAACAAAUUUCAUCCACAAACAAGAGCCAAAGCUUACAUUGGAAGUGAAGUCACCGUUGGAAGCUACGCAACAAUCUAUUUUAGAUCCACAAGUAGAGAUCUCAACUAACCGCAGCAGUCGAAUAAUUGAUGGCCAGUUGCUUCCCCUGGAACAUACCGAUUCCGCAUUUGUUGUGGAGAUUAUUGCGGGUACACCCGAUGCCAUUGAGCAAUCGAGGCCGGUACUUGCCCCGAAAUUAUUCGAUGACCUAGAGCUAGUGUCGCAUCACCAGGAUGCUGAUUUCGAGCUGAAACGUUCCUCAUAUGAAAUGAACGAAGCGGAUAUUUUAGACAUGCAACCGGACUUUUCUGGCAUGCAGAUGGAGCCAGCGCCCAGUAGUCCGCCUGGGUUUGGCAAGGGUAUCGAAGAAGAUUGGGAAAAUUUUGAGGAUUUAGAUCCCGUGACGGAUAUUCCAGAGCCCAACUGGUCGGUACAUCCAGCUAUCCUGGAGUCCCCAUUGUCAGAACACCGAGAUACCCAUUUGGAGCUGGCAAAUGAGGUUCAGCAGGAAACGCUCUUCCAAGAACUAGAACUAAUGGAGCCAGCAGUUGAAGUACCGCCAAUGCAGCCGCCACCAUACGAAGCACGACUGCCGCCUCCGCCCGUGCUGCCCGACUAUGAGUCCCUGAUGCAACAAGAGAAGUUAAAAUCACCACGGAAUUUGCCGAAAUACGCAGAUGUCGUUAGUCAAAACAGGCCCAAUGGCACGAAGUAUGUGAGCAGCAUAGAAGAUCUGUUUGGAGAACUGAAUGGAGAUGCACCCACAAGUAGUUCCAGCCAGGUGCGCAAUUUCGAGGAGCUGUGCGAGGAACUGGAGAUCGCCCCCUCGCCAGUGCCAGCUCGACGAGCACCACAGGCAGCUCCACGCGUCUCCAAGCCAGCAACACUUAGUGCUCGAGGAGAUGCGGCGCCGCUUACAUGUUACGAACCGGAGGAAUUACCCAACUCCAGUUCGAGCGAAGAGGAAACAGUGGAGCGGGUGCCACAGCCAGCCAAGCGGCAACGCCAUGUACGCUUCGAUGUGGAGAACCUGCAAUACUAUCAGUCUGCCGAGGUGCCUAGCUCCAAUGAGUCUGAAGUGGGUUAUGAAUCCGCCGAAGACGUCGAAUCUGAGACAGAGUUUGCCCCACGAACGAUGCAGCGCCUGAUUACACUGCCAGCUAAUCUAGAGGCGGAUGUGCCCAGACUGUUUGGAGCCCAGGUCUCGCAGGAGGAAAGCGACGACGAUGGAGCGUUUGGACGUGCCAUUCGCCAGCAUCGCACCAUGACAGAGGCACUGCGUCCUGUUGUUCAACUGGAACGUAACAGUGACAGAGGCACAGAGGCUUAGGAGGGAGAUUUCAAUAGCAACAAUUAAAAUGCUGCUCUUCAUUUCCUUAGCAAUGACAGUAUUUUAUCUGUACAUAAUUCUAUAAAUAUAUUCCAAUAUAUAUCUAUAGAUAUAUACCCAUAUAAAGUAGUAGAUUGCCAUAUAACAUGUUGACUAUGUUUAAAUAAAGUUGUAAAUAUAAAAGAAUUUAGCAAACGAGGGAAAUAUCGUACAAGCGAAAAGUUACGUCUUUGGAGAAGAUAACGAAAUCAAAUUUAAAAUUUGAAGGCCAAGAGCAGUUGUAUAGACUAUGCAGUUUUCAACAGCAACAUCUUAUCAAUCGAUGAUGGUAAAAUUGUAAUUAAUACCACCUUCCAAACUAGUUAUAUGUAUAAAUCUGAAUUUCACUUACCUAUGCAGUUUGACCAGAGGAAAGUGUAUGCACAACUUCUGAUGGAACUCAGUGAACUCGCGAUACGAACGAAAGAGAUGCGUGGGAUCUCGUUGUCCAUGACGCGUUACUUGCAAUAUGUACAUAUAAUACUUUUCCAUACUGUAAUGCUUUUGGAAACGCACAACUUUGACGAUCUUCAGCCGACCAUCCUGUUGCAUGCUGUAAAUUCAAUACAAUUUAUUUAGACAGCUCUUCACUAGGAAUACUGGAUUCAUUCAAAACUCACGUGUAUUUGCGAGGCACAAAGGAGAGCAGUUCACCGGUGCCCUCGUCGUUGUUGAAACGCAUCUGAGCGAGAUUGUGUAAAAAGAAAUUGAACUGAGUGAACCAGCUCUUCAGCGAGGAUUGUAUCAUCUUUGCAAAUGUGGCCGCCGCUUCAGGAUUCGAUUGCGAGGGCAAGAGAGCACGACGUACAUAGGUAACAGCAUUGGAAUUUACACCCGGCAUACCCGCCGUGGCCAUGUGGGCCAACGUGUGCAGCAGCAGAUCCGCGUUCUUGCGCACAAUGUUGAAUGCACGACAACAGAGGUCGACAAAGUAGUGAAAGUCCGUCGACGGCUUAUCACCGCCAUUGAUCACAUAAGCCAUGUCCGAUGUCAGCACAAACGGUGUGCGAUCUCUGUUUAAAAAAUAGGUUGUUUAUAAUAUGCAGAAAGAUGUCAGAAGUUUUACAAACUUACCUUUUAAAGUUGCCAAACAUCUGCGCAUCGCCAAGAAAUUUACCAAAAUCAAUAUGGAAUAAGUGUCCCGAAGUCUUCAACAUAAUGUUGUCGUUGUGUCGAUCACAGAUGCCCAGCACAUAGGUAGCAACGCUGUAACCAGCGCAGGAAAGUGUGAAAUUACGCACAGCACUUUGAUAUUCCAAAGGACUUGGAUUCUGUUUGCCCAGCCACUCGGCAAUGGGACGAUCCUUGAACGAGCCCGUCAAUCCGCAUUCCACUUGUAUCUUACGAAGGGUUUCCGCCUCGGAGACUAGCUCAAUCAUGCCACUCUUGUAGCCGGUGGGCACACAGUUAAAGGUGACCAUCUUGAGGUCCAGACGCUCUGCCAACCACAUUUUGUUCAUGAUGCGUAUGAGUUGAAUGGUCAGCAUGUCCUGCUGCAGAUCAUCGCC